AUGAAGGUCAAGAAAAGCUUAUUAAUAAAGCCUUAACUCGGUUCUUUACUUGUUGUGGAAUUCCUUUUUGGGUUGUCAAAAGUCCUUUUUUUAUUGAUUUACUUAAAAAUCUUAAUGCGGUUCUUUCAAAAUGUCAAGAACUUGUUACUUAUUUUCAAAAUUCGCAUAUUUCUGGUGCUCAAUUAAGAGAUGAAAUUACAAAUUUAUUUAUUAAAGAAAAUGAUCCUCAGGCACUUAAUGAAAAAUUAAGAAAUUAUAUUACAAGUUGUGAAUUUUGGGCCAAUAUUGAAUGUCUUUAUAAAGUUCUUGAACCUGUUAAAAUGGCUGUUAAAACUGUUGAAUCAUCAAAGGUUAAAUUUGCAGAUGUAUUUUUAAUUUUGAUUAAAAUGGCUAUUACAAUUAAGGCUAUACCAAUGAUAAAAACAACUCUUGAAAGACUUGAAUUUCGAAAAAGUUGUAUUGCUUUUUAUAACAAAAGAUGGGCUGAAUUUGAUACUGACUUUUAUUUGUUAGCUUAUUUUCUUCACCCUAAAUAUUGUGGUAAAGGCUUGACAUGUGAAGUAUUUCAAAAGAUUCUUCAAAAAGCUUUAAAUAUCUGGAAGUUACAAGGUGGAGGAGAAAUUAGUGCACAGAAAUUAGUUGCACAAAUUCAUAAUUAUGACCUUCAAAAGCCUCCAUAUGACUCUCUUUUUCAAGAUCAUCUUGAACUUCCAGAAACUUGGUGA